AUGGCCACAAGGGCAUCUGACCCCAUGCAGGGCUCCUCUCUGAAGAUCUUCGUUGAAGUUACCCUGGACAAUGGCACGACCAUCAUCAAAAACGAUAUUUAUUUCUUAUAUGAAGAAUGUACGACAACUGCACCUACAACUACCACAACAACUACCACUACAACUACCACAACAACUACCAUUACAACUACCACAACAACUACUACUACUACUACUACAACUACCACCACUACAACUACCACUACCCAAAUGCCUACUACUACUCUGCAGACUACCACUACAACAACACAGUCACCUUCCCCAACACCACCUUCCCCACAACCACCACCACCACCUCCUCCAUCACAACCUCCCCCACCAUCACCUUCACCACCACCACCUCCCCCACCUGAGACAACACCUGACACAACGACUGCCCCCCCACUCACUCCACUGUUCAUGCACAUUGCUGAUCCUCUAUACUUCCUUACACUCAUCCCCGCCAUGCUCAUGUUCCCCUUGCUCAUCUGUUGCAUCUGGAGGCUAUGCCGCAAGAAGACUGUCAAGGAGCCACCCCCGGUGCUCAAACCAGAAAAGGAGCCAUGUCCCAUGCAGAUAUGUCCCACAGUGAUUGUCCCUUGUGGGUGCCAAGUUCGCCAGAUGAGAAGGAUAGAGGGCAAACUGGACAUCUUGUGUGACUUUGUUCAAAACUGCAACCAGGCACCAUUGAUGUGUUCUCAGCCCUGGGACAAGGGGAGGUGUGUCAACUUCAAACUAAUGAAGCCUUACCUUAGGCAGUUGCCCUGCAGCCCAAAUAUGUACCUUGGGCCAAGCCAGGAGUGCAUCCCUCUCAACAACUGUUGCACAUGGGGCCAACAUCCCCCAUCUAUAUGCUCACAGCCUACUUCCAGGAUGCUACCACUGAUUGCUCCCCCUGCCCAGGCACUCUGCAGAACUACCUUGUCACUCCCACACCAAUAGCCACUCUCUAGAGCACCAGAAUAUCAAAAUUAAUGAGAAAACUUUACUGAAUUGGACAUAUAUAUUGAGUUUUGGUUUAAAGUCAAAAAGGAGUUGG